GGAUUAUCCCUUUCAGAUAUUUCUUGCCGGAACAGUACAACAGGAGAAGGAAGCAAGCAUGGAAGCAGCGGUGCUGACGUUGUCAAAGCAUGUCGCACCCAGCCGCCCUACGUCAGCCGACGUCCCCGUGAGCGGUGCCGUCGUGCUGACCUGUCGUGAGAGCAAGAUAUGGCGGGCCCCACGCCGCAAAUUCCACAUCAGCCGACGACAAGUCAAAUCCGAACUCCCAUCAGCUCAUCACGCCUGGAAGCCAGGAGGCUAAAACCUCACUGCUCACACACUAUCGAAGUCUCCCACCGCCGGCUCGACAAGCUUCUUCUACCCUUCUUCCAGCUCCAGCACACUCACCUGCCACAGUCCACAGCAGAGCUCCUCCAGAUGGAGCAGGGGAAUCACACCUUCUCUGCCUCCGACAUCUACGACUCCGCCGCAGCACCAGCAGCGCCGCUCCCGUUCGGCGCCGACGACAUGUUGCUGGAGCUCGACGCCUUCCUCCUCGACACGAACGCCGCCGAGGAGAGCUCCGAGUGGCUCUCUCCCUCGCCCUCGUCGUCCUCUGACGCGGCAGUCGAGCCACUGUCGCCGAGCACGCCGGGGCAGCAGCGGCGGCCGGACGCGGGCGCCUCGCCGCCGGGCGAGAAGCGGCAGGCGACGGCCUUCAUCGGGGUGCGCAAGCGUCCCUGGGGCAAGUUCGCCGCCGAGAUCCGGGACUCGACGCGGAGGGGCGCCCGCGUGUGGCUCGGCACCUUCGAUACCCCCGAGGCCGCCGCGCUCGCCUACGACCAGGCCGCCUUCUCCGCGCGCGGCGACGGCGCCGUCCUCAACUUCCCCGUCGAGCGCGUGCGGGAGUCGCUGGGCGCGCUCGCGCUCGCGGGCGCGGGCGCGGGCGACGGCGGUUCCCCCGUCCUCGCGCUGAAGCGGCGGCACUCCAAGCGCACGCGUAGGCGGAAGCAGCAGCUCUCCCCUGCGACGGACGACGGCAUGAACAAUCUCAAACCGCGGCGGCAGCCGGAGCGCCAGUGCGGCGCCGACGCGUCCGCUGUGCCGGUGCCGGAGCUGGAGCAGCAGGCGGGGGCGCGCUGCUGGUGCCACUGCGGCGGCGGCGUCGUGGAGCUGGAGGACCUCGGCACCGAUUACUUGGACGAGCUCCUCCGGGUGUCGUCGGAGUUGGAGUGUUCGCUGAUUGGUGGAGGUCAUUGAUGAGGCCGGUCACGGUCACCCUCACGACGCUUCAGCAUCGUCAAGCGGUCAAGCCACUGCCAUCGCACGGCGACCCGCCAUUAUUGUAAAUUUCCGAUUUAAGUAGUCAACCCAAUUGCGAUCGUGGGGGCACAUUAUCAUCUUGAUUA